CAAAAGACUAGUUUAUUACGAAUUCAUGUGUUUUGGGUGUGUACACGCUUGUUUUCUGGGUUUCACGCUCUGAACGACUGAGCCUUCAUACCUUGUGACUUCAUAAGUUGCGCUACCCUGGCUUUCAGACACGCAGGCCACAUGAAUGGCAUACCGUCCGAGGAAGACCUACUGGACUCAGACAAUUAUGACCCGAUAGAACAUCUCAAUCAGGUCUUUUCCCAUCCCUCUACUCUUUCCUCCGUCAGCCAUACAUACCAGAUCCUCCAAGCCUAUCAAGAUGAGCUGGAAAAUGAUAUUGAUGCUCUCGAGGAUGAGCAAAUCAGAGCGAACGCGGAAUGCCUCCAGCGUAUGGAGGCCACGAAAGCAGAACUGGCCGAACUAUUUGACCGAAUCGAAAACGUACGGGAACGAGCUUUGCAGACCGAGCGCAAUAUCACCGAGAUGACAGCCGAUAUCAAGCAGUUGGACAACACAAAGAAGAAUUUGACACUAUCCAUGACGGCACUGAAACGGCUGCAGAUGUUGACGACUGCCUACGAGCAACUGCGAGCAUUGAGCAAGACAAGGCAGUACCGAGAGUGUGCCCAACUCCUUCAGGCUGUGAUCCAGCUCAUGGCUCACUUCAAAUCGUACCGCUCUAUAGACCAGAUUGCAACUUUAAGCAGAAAUGUCGCAGACCUUCAGCGGGAGUUGCUUGAGCAAGUCUGCGAAGAUUUCGAGAUCACGUUUACAAAGGAGGAGGUGGCUCAGAAGAGAGGGUUGCUACUUGAAGCAUGCUUGGUUGUGGAUGCACUCGGUGACGCUGCCCGAUCUCGGUUGAUUACAUGGUACUGCAAUACCGAACUGCGUCAAUAUCGACACAUCUUCAAGGGUGAUCAGGAGGCAGGUUCGUUGGACAACAUCGACCGAAGGUAUGCAUGGUUCAAGAAGACGUUGAAAGUCUACGACGAAGAGCACGCCGCCAUUUUCCCUCCCCACUGGCGUGUCAACGAAGUGCUCGCGAACGUCUUUGCAGAAGGCACUCGUGACGACUACAAGGGCAUUCUGUCUAGGACCACCCGCAAUGGCCAGACCAUUGACGUCAAACUGUUGUUAUCCUGUCUUCAACAAACUCUAGAUUUCGAGCACAGUCUAGAACGACGGUUCAAUCAAUCCUCUAGAACAUCCAUCGACACCGUAACCUCCAGCAACGAUGCGCCAAUAUUUGGACAGCCUAUAUCCGAUGCGUUUGAGCCAUACUUGAGUCUGUGGGUCGUCGCCCAGGACAAAGAACUCGCAAGCUUGAUACCGCAAUACAAGCAGAGACCGGCAAGACUAGCGGACGAGGAAUUUUCUUCUCAGCAAGUCAUAACGUCGUCUACGGAGCUAUUCAACUUCUACCGGCACGCGUUGGCUCAGUGUGCGAAACUCUCCACCGGGCAACCAUUGCUGGAUCUCUCCAAGGUAUUCGGACGCUAUUUAGACCAGUACGCCCAGCAAGUGCUUCUGUCCUAUAUAUUUGAAAAGCCCUCGGAUGGAACACCAUCCCGGAUGCCAGCUAUCGAAGAUGUUAUACUGGUCUUGAACACGGCAGACUAUUGUUUUAACACGUCCAAUUCCCUGGAAGACAAGAUUAAAAGUCGUAUUGACGACAACCUGAAGGACAGUGUGGAUUUACAAAGUCAGGCAGACGCUUUCAUGGGUAUAGCCAGCGCCGCUGUCCGUGGCCUGGUGCGCCGAGUAGAAGUUGAUCUCGAGCCUAGUUGGCGGGAGAUGAGGAAUACAGCAUGGUCCAAGAUCGAGAGCUGUGAAAAUCAGAGCUCUUAUAUCAAAGGUCUACAAAGCCGCAUCAAGGAGAGGUCGAGCGAGAUCCUGGGGAUGCUCCACAAGCAGCAAUAUGCACGUGCUUUUGCCGACAAUCUGGUUGAGCUUCUUGCCUCAACUUACAUCUCAAACAUUGCGCAGUGUAGGCCAAUCUCGGAAGGUGGCGCCGAACAAAUGUUGCUCGACACUCACGAAAUCAGGAAUACUCUGAGUCACAUACUACCAGGCACGCCUCCUGCUCUUUUCUUGAAGCGCGUCACAGCGACAUUCAGCAAAAUCGAACCGUUACUGAAAACUCUACAAGUCCGGCCAUCUCCUCCUGAAGCAAUGGUGCAGGCUUACCUCAUCCACAUUGCCGAUUUAUCAGAAGUCAACUUCCGCAAGGUCCUUGAACUCAAAGGCAUCAGGACAAAAGCAGACCAGAAUCAUCUGGUGGAACUGUUUCAAAUGCACAAAUUCAGUCCUCGUUACAAGGACUCUUUGGUAGAAAAGUCCCCUCUCCUAACAACUCUCCAUCUCUCGACUUCAGGCUUGGCGGCUGGACAAGCAUCGACUCCUGCAGCGGCAUUGCACAACUUGUCGGCACUGGGCAACUCGGCGGCGGCGUCACUCAGUACUGCCAAUCUUCCAGCGAACAUGAAGUUCGAUGCCUCUGGACUGGGCAAUGCGAUCAUUGAUCGCUUCAGCAGUCCAGCGUUGGGUACCCCCAGGGACGGAGCGCAAAGCCCGCCUCCUGGUGGUGUGCCGGCAAUUAAUGUGGCAAGUGAUGGGGGAUUCUCGGGCGUAGAGGCGGGGACGAAGUUGAAUGACAACUUGAAGAACAUUGGGAAAUUCUUCAAACGAGAUCUGGGAGGAUUCGGAAGCAUAGGACGAUUUGGCAGCAAGGCUACGAGUCCUGCUCCGCCUGAAGAUAGAAGUCAUGCUCGAUAGGAAUAUUCGAAUGUACCACCUCGAAGC